UCAUGGAAUCAUUUUAUCUUUAUUAUUUAAAUAUUAAACAAGAAUAAAUAAUAUUCUGUGCAUUAUUUGUUCUUGUUUCUAAUAUCUAAAUAACAAGCAUUGUAAGCAUAAAUCGAGAUGCAAUCCAGCUUAGUCGAAAUACGUAAUCUAUAUUUAUCAUAUCUAUGAUCGAAUGUCAACAUGAAAAGGUAUCUUAAUAUUUUCGAAGACUUAUAAGAUUUAAAGGUUAUGUGAAUUACAAUUGUAAAUUAAUUUUAAAUAAAACAACAUGAUUUCUGCUUCUGCUUUACAAAAAGUUGCAAUGACGUUUGUUAUCAGUAAAUUUUACAAACCAUGUUUUCGAAAUAUAAGCAAAAGUUUUUCCGAUAAAUCUGUAACAGUUAACAUUGCGGUGGAAGAUGAUAUGCCUACUAAAAUUAAAAAUCCUUUUGUAAAAGAAAAGCAACAGUGCAUUUUAUGUAAAUUGAAUAUUGAACCAGAUUAUAAAAAUGUAAGAUUACUUUCACAAUUUCAAAGUCGAUACACAGGCAGAAUAUAUGGAAGACAUAUAACUGGAUUAUGUAAACACAAACAGAUGCGAGUAGAAGAAGAAAUUAUAAAAGCUCAAUGUGCAGGUUUAAUGGGUCAGUGGACUAAAGAACCAGAAUAUAUCAAAGAUCCAAAGCUAUUUGAUCCAAAUCAUCCAUUUAGGCCACACAAAUAUUAGACAAGUAAUAAUAGGAUAUUUAUAUAGAUAUAUGUUUAUACAUAAAUAAAAUUAUUGCAUUAUAUAAUUGCAUUUACAUCAAUUAUCACCAUUAUACCAUGUUCGAAUAAAAUUCCUUGUGUAAAAUAUAUUA